AUGUUAAACGACUGACAGAAACGUCCAUGCUUUAUAAAAAAAAAAAAAAAAAAAAAAAAAAAAAAAAAUGGAUCCCCCCAAUGUGUAGCUAAGACAUGGACUCGGCCUUGGCUUAAAUCAUUUAUGCAGUAUUGCUGUUUAUAAAGAGCAUGUUGUGAAUGUAACAACUGAAUGGCAUUGAAGACUUGAGUGAGGACUUUUUUAUUAUUUAUUUUUAAACAAAUUUUAAAUUGAUUAAUCGUCAUGAUAUUUAUGGACGGAGAUAGAUAGAUAGAUAGAUAGAUAGAUAGAUAGAUAGAUAGAUAGAUAGAUAGAUAGAUAGAUAGAUAGAUAGAUUGAUGUUUUUAUGAAUGGUGGAGGCAGACUGAGGGGAGGUGCUUGUAGAGAGGGCUGUAAAGCCUCUGUCGGUCUCUAUAUUCACACACUCACUCACCGGUGCUGUUCAUCAUGAAUGCUAUUUAUAAUCGAUAAUAAUUCCCCGUGCACGGCUCGUUUAUUUCGUGCAUUUUUUUUCAUAUUUACAGCCUAAUUUAUGAUGCUUCAGGGCGUGCAUUAUAAUCGCUGCAUGGUCGCGGGCGUAGUGCAGUUUUUGUUUUUAUUAUUAUGUUGUUGUUUACAUCUCUCUUUAAGAUGCACUGCACAUGGCGAUACUGAUGAACGUUGGCAUGGAGACUCACCUCGCAUCCAUGACAACCCGGAGCACUUUAUCACUUAUCCACAGUGGAUCAGCCCAGCCAGACACAAAAGAUCUUAUGUCGGCACUAAGCAUCCAUCUAAAGCAGAGGUCAAGAUAACUGCAGGAGGAGAAGAUCUGAUUCUCCAACUCCAGAGAAAUGAGGAGCUGUUCUCCUCUGAAUAUCAAGAGAUAUGGUAUGAUCCAAAUGGAAAGCGUCAGUUUUCCAGGCCUUCCAGCAUGGAUCACUGUUAUUAUCAUGGGUCAGUCAAAGGGAUGCAGGGGUCGAGUGUCGUCAUCAGCACCUGUGCUGGAUUCAGGGGCUUGAUAACAGUCAAUAACAGCGUGAGCUACUUGAUCGAACCGCUAGCUAACCAAACACACUCUCAGGGACAUGCCAUAUACAACACCCAGAGCCUGAAACUGCCAGUGGGCACCUGUGGACACCACCAUGGAGACGGGAAUCACACGGAAAGCCUUCAAGAGCUGAUUGAUGUCAUGGCAAAGCCUCAACAGACCAAUAGGGAAAGAAGGGAUGUCAGCAGUAGCGUGAAAUACGUGGAGCUGAUGGUGGUGGCCGACCAUGCAGAGUUUGUGAAUCACGGUUGGGACCUUGAAAGGACUAAAAUGACGCUGCUUGAAGCAGCUAACUUUGUAGAUAAGUAUUACAAAACCCUGAACAUCCGUGUGGCUCUGAUCUGGUUGGAGAUCUGGAAUGAUCAAGACAAGAUCAGUGUGACUGACAACCCCUACAGCACCCUGAAUGCGUUUCUGGCCUGGAGGAGGAAACAGCUGCCACAGCUGCCCAAUGACAACGCUCAGCUAGUAACGGGCAUGUCAUUUCAUGGCACCAUCAUUGGUCUUGCACCUCUUAAAGCCAUGUGUUCUGAAUACCAGUCUGGUGGAGUCAAUUCGGACCACUCUAAAAUUGCUGUGGGGAUUGCUGCCACCAUGGCUCAUGAGAUGGGGCAUAACUUUGGGAUGAGCCACGACAGUCAAGGUUGCUGUCGUGCUCAGGAGGAUGGAGGCUGCAUCAUGGCUGCUGCCACUGGGGCUCCAUUCCCUCGUGUCUUCAACUCCUGCAAUCAGAAGGAGCUGAAACGCUACCUGAGCUCCGGCGGGGGGAAGUGUUUGUUCAACCCUCCCAACACCAGGCUCAUGUACGGGGGCCAGCGUUGUGGAAACGGAUACCUGGAGGAAGGAGAAGAGUGUGAUUGUGGAGAAGUGGAGGAGUGCUCAAGUCCCUGCUGUAAUGCCAACAACUGCACGCUGAAGAUCGGAGCUGAGUGUGCACAUGGAGUUUGCUGUCAUGAGUGCAAGCUGAAGAGUCCAGGUGUGAUGUGCCGUCCGCCUUCAGGCUCCUGUGACCUGCCUGAGUACUGUGAUGGGAAAUCAGAGUCCUGUCCUGCUAACUUUUACCUGAUGGAUGGCAGCAAUUGUGCUGGUGGCAGUGCCUAUUGUUACACAGGCAUGUGUCUGACGCUGGAGCAGCAGUGCCUCUCUCUCUGGGGCAAAGAUGCUCGUCUUGCUCCUGAUGUUUGCUUUACUAAAGUAAAUGAAGCAGGUGAUUCCUAUGGAAACUGUGGCAAAGACCUCAUGGGUGCAUACAGGAAAUGCACUGAAAGGAAUGCUAAAUGUGGGAAGAUUCAGUGCCAGAGCACUGCUAGCAAACCAAUUGAAUCCAACGCUGUCGCCAUAGACACCAACAUCUAUAUUGAUCAACAGAAGAUCCUGUGCAGAGGAACACAUGUCUACCAGCCCAGUCACAAUAAGCACAACCAGAAUGACACCCUCGACCCGGGCCUGGUUCUGCCAGGGACCAAAUGUGGGGAGAAUGCGAUCUGUUUCGAAGGGGAAUGCCGCAGUGCGUCCUUCCUGCAAGCAGAUAAAUGCAGUGCCAAAUGUCAUGGCCAAGGGCUUUGCAAUAAUAACCACAACUGUCAUUGUAACUUGGGUUGGGCACCACCAUUUUGUGAGAUGACGGGUUCAGGAGGCAGUUUGGACAGUGGGCCUGUGAUUGUGCAUAGCAGCCUUCACUUUGUACCGGUUCUCCUUAUCCUUUUUUUUCUUCUGGUAUUGGCUAUCCUUGGCGUCUGUUGGUGCCGCUGCAAACAGAAGCUCCUCCCCACCAAGGGCUCUGCAAUUCCUGCUACUCAAACAUGCAUCAAUGUUCCAGGCACCCCUGAGACUAAAAGUCACACGACAGGUCACGCCAAUCCAGUGUUCCAGCCAAAGAAAUCUCACGCUGAUGAACAGGCCAGUCCUAGAGUGAAUCGUACAGGUCCACCGAGAUCUAGACAUUCUAUCAUUCGGCCCACUGUGAAACCACCUCAAAUCCCAGCCUACACUGCAGACAAGCAGAGUUUAAAGCAUUCAGAGCUGCCCCAGCCGUCUCCAUCAGUUCCCGCCAAAAAAAGACCACUACCUCCCAACCGACCCCCUCCACCCUGUCCCAUGACCAAACCCUCCCAGACUGCUGAGAUGCUGCCUAAGAAUGGCAUGCCAGUGACACCAGCCAUGUUGCAGAAAGGGACAUCCAAUCUGAUGCCCCCUACUGGCCACUUCCAAAACGUCAGGUUCCAAAGGGAAGUUUCUGGAAAAAGCUGAGUUGUUGCAGUGAAGCUUACUGGAACGCUACAUCGAUCAGCUCUGCACCUUUAAGAUGUCCUUUAGAGUGACCAAUCAAACUGCCUCACUCAAAGUGAUGCCUGCCUUAUUGACUUGAACACAGAAUACCUUCUAACUUCAGUGUUUGUAUGGGUGCAGUUCCACUACUCCUGUGCCAUAUGUUGCAUUUGCUUUUUUAUGUCUAUUUAUUACAGAGAACUCAGAGAAACUAUGAAGUAUGGCAUUAUAAUCCAAUAAGAGCAUGGGACAUCUGAAAGAAUAUCUUGCACCAAGAAUAUGAAAUGUAGAUUUUUGCACGCAUUAUUAACACAUUGUACAUUAUACACAUAGAGUGAACUGGAAAAUGGGAGCAAAUGAGUUGCAUCUGUUUCUUUGUCAUAGAUUUGUCUAGUUAUGAACUAACUUGCACUGUCAGUACAAUUUAGUUUAGUACUAUGGUUAAAUCUGUACUCAGGAAGCAGCUCUGAAAAGGAAUGCCCCCCCAAAAAAAAGAGAUUGUUUUUGUAGCAAUAAUAUUUCAGAAACUUGUAAGAACUGUAUAGCACUGGGCUCUUUUUAGGUUAAAUCCUGUGUAGUCAUAUAUACUAUUUAUAGUAUGUACUGUAUAUACAGCAAGAGGUAAAAAUAACCUGUCUUAAAGGGUAUUUGUGAUGAUGCUGGACAAGAAUGACUUCAAAUUACAUGGUGCUUUGCUUUUGAAUUCUUAAAUGACAGAAACAAAUCUUAUACCUUUUUUUGAUAACGCUUGAUUAUAUGUUCUUUUUAAUAAGGGCAUUAACCCAGGGAAUGUAUUUAGGUGUAAAUAACCUAAAAACAUGUACAUGUGUAUCUUAAGUUUUUCUUCUUUUUCUUCUCUCUCUCUCUUUUUUUUUAAUAAAUCUCUGAACAAUUAAUUAUAAUUUCUCUCUUAAUGUUUUGGAGAACUAUGACCAAUGUAUUGGAUUUCUGUCAGAUUUUUUAUGUUGUAGUUAAACUGUUUUAUGCAUAGUGUUAAGAUUUUAAAUGCAAUGACACCUUAACAAAAUUGGUUUUUACAUGAUUUUUAUUAUGUAGAUAAUUUUUAUCAUUGAAAUGAUUAUGUAUUGUGGAUGUAAAGAUGGUUUGAUAUUGCAGAUUGAAUAGGAAGUCAGAAAAAAGUCACUGUAUUUUUUAUUUGGCUUAAUUAAUUUAAUAAAUUAAUUUAAGUUUCUUUCAUAAAAAUAAAAAGGUUGCCCUUUAUGCAAAAUAUGCUGUAAUGCAGUGCCUUCCAUGUGACUUCAGAAAUAAAUCUCCAUCAAUUAA